AUGGUGUCGGAGGAAAGCAGCAACAAUAAUAAGGAUGUGGAAAGCACCGCAGCACGUCUUACUUCACACGAAAAAGCAUCAGCUGCAUCCACUCCUUCUCGAGAGAAUGCUUCUGCCAGCACUACUACUACUACUACUACUACUACUACUACUACUGCGGCUCAAGAAGAACGACUCCACAAAAUGUCGGGCGUCAUGGGAGUCUAUGCCGCUGUCAUUCUAGGGAGUCUCUUUUUUAUCUACUCCAUGAAAGACGUCCUUGGAUAUACCACACAAGAUUACACGAGUGGUUUUGCCAACUAUGUCACAAGUCCCUAUCAAUACAAUACGGCCAUUGAGACUGUCACAUCACCAGCUGCUACUACUGCUGCUACUAUCAACAAGGAAGAGGAGGAGGAAAUCCAUCACAGCGCAGCCAUGUGCGUCAUUCAAAAGUCGACGUUGAAGUAUUUUGAAGAAUGGAUCUUGUAUCAUCACGCUCUUGGGUUUGAAAAAAUUUAUCUCUAUGACAAUUCCGACGAUUUUGAAGUGCAGGACUGGAUUGGGAAACAAUCUCAAUUCAUUCAAGACAUUGUCAACGUGACCCAUUGGCCUGGGGUCAAGCAACAAGUCAAAGCGUAUUUGAAUUGCUGGGGGAGGAUUCGAGACGCCAAGAGUCAUGCUUGGAUUUCCUUUUUUGAUGUGGACGAAUUCGUGGUCAUUAAGGAUGUGAAGAAGUAUCCCAAAAUCAUGGACCUUUUGGAUUCCUUGCCGGACCAUCAAUAUGGUUUGGCCAUCAAUUGGAUCAAUUUUGGAUACAAUGGACAUUUGAAGUAUGAAGACAAACCAGUUACCUUGCGCUUCCAAAAUCGGGCGGUCAACGAAACGAGUUUUGUCGUCAAGUCCAUGGUCCGGUCGCAGGUAUCACCCAAAAUGAAAAAUCCGCAUUGGAUCAAGUACAAACUGACCAAAACCAAAAGCGUGUACAUGUCUCGUGACAGUCGGGGAAAUGUGGUCCAAGGACCAUCCAAUGAGAAACAAGAAGUCCGAGACAUUGCCCUGUACCACUAUAUCUCGAAAUCAUUGGAGGAAUACAAGGAUCGUUGCAACCGAGGCGACGUCUUGCGAGGUCAGGCGGAUUGGGCGACCAUGCCAUGGUGCGAAUCGGACGAAAAGGUUUUGGCAAUGCUAAAGGUCAGGGAGGAGCCUGUCUUUGACGAUCGGCCAUGGAAACUGUUGCAAGAACGAGUUCCAGAAUACACCAAGAGGUAUACGUGA